UUGCGUUGCGAAUGUCCACUUAGGAAGGCUGUACGGCUGCGUAGACCGCACUGGAAUGUGGGGACCACCCUCGGUAACGUCCUGUCACUGACAAAUGGCCCGGAGUACAGCUCGACCCGAACACCCUCGGGCUCGCGAUUCAAGCAGGGACCACACCGUGAAGGCGAGCCAGGAGGGUGCUAUAAUUUCAUAGGACGGGCGUCGGUCGUCGCUUAUCUCGGGCGCUGGCUGCAGGCGCCUCGUACAUCGCCUCUAACCACCCACCACCCACCACCCAUCACCCACCACCCAUACCCAUACCCACCACCCACCAUGGAUAUUGGAAAUUUCGAUAUAGACCACAUACUUUAG